CUGCGACCACGUGAUCAGGACUGAGCGUCGAACGUCGUCUGCGUUACCUUCGUCCGAAAUUGCCUUCCAUCUCCAGGAUGAAGGAGCGUACAUCUUCUUCAUACUGUUGUCCAGUUUAUGUCUCACUGCCAUCAUUCUCAUUGCUUACAGACCUUGCGGCAGUACAAGCAGUGGUAUUGGCACUGCUACUACGAAGCGAAACGUUCUGGGUUCCGUACCCCGCGUCCAUCAGGGAGGGGCCUAGGGGAUUCAUGAACAUUUAUCGGUAUUCAGAAUCCAAACCAGUAGUAUGAUCGUUAUUGUUUAUCUUUGACGCAUAUGGAUGGCAUAGAUUGUGGGAAUCUGAUAUUUUUACUGUCCACUCUUGCUGUCCCCUUCAGGUCGCGGGCGACAAGGCCACGGCUUAGGUCGGUCGUCUCUUUCUUUGAAUUUAAGCUCUUUCGAAUUUGAUGAAGAGAAAUUUUUUUCUUUCACACUUUUUAUGCAUUUGCUUGCUCUAUUUUAUUUGAAGAGAAAUAUCGAAGAGGGGCAAAAGAAGAAGACGGAAAGCUCCAGGACUGUUCAUUGUUGCUUGGUCCCUGAAUUUCAUCAACAUUCACUCGUCCAGGCUGCUUCCCGGGAAUGAACUCGCUUAAACCACGAAAUCUUCUCAUCUUGCGCAACUAUCUACAGGCAAACGUGCUGCAUAUUUUACUCUUCUGUAUCUGUGGUGGUCGUUUGAUGAUUUCCAAAUGUCCUUCCUUCGCAUGUGACAAAUUGAUCUAGUUUCUUUGUUCUCGAGGACUAACAAAAGUCCCGCCAGCUGUCGUAUCUGUGAACGUCCACUGUUGAAGCACCCGCCGUUCCCCAAUAAAAUCUAUGGAUAUCUUCGAUUGGCAUGGUGGGCAGAGACCCAUUCAAGCUUCGCCUGCGGACAACCUCCUGGCCCUUGAUAUCGAUGGCUUUGUUGAGAUUCCACGGCGUGCUCCUCUCUCAAGUGAUUCGAAUCCAAUUCCAGGGGCCGACCACCCCACCUUUGUUGCAUUGCCACAUUCUCUGCACCAUGGAUCACCUACUCCAACCGUCAAUUUAGACUUUAAUGGUGCCUUGACGAAGAUCCUCGAGUUGUUCCCCGAUAUCAGCCACCAGUAUGUGAAGGAUUUAUAUGAUUUCCACGCGGCCAAUCCCGAACAGCAUGCGGAGUUGAGCUGUGUCGAUCAGAUCAUCGAGCAUAUUUUGGAAAAUCCCCCAUAUCCUAAGCAGAGGGACGUCAAAAGAAAAAGAACAGACGAUGAUGAAGGAGAGGCAGAAGAAGGGGAAGAUAGUCGCAGGUGGGAUGAGUAUUCCCGAAGCGAUGCAUAUUACGUUCAUGUAUCUGUGAAAAUUCUAUGCAACGAAUUCCCCCAUGUCCCUGUCUCUUACGUUCGCCGAUUCUUACAUGAGAAGCGCAAAUUUUACCCGACGUACUUGGCACUGGCCUCGCAGGAGAGCCCACACUCUACCCUGCCUAAACCUUACGAGCGACUGAAGAGACCAAGGAAGGUUCCUCCUUCAGAAUUGACAUUUAUUCCACGCGGCCCCUUGGCACGUGAACUGAGAGCUGCAAAGAAGAAAGUGGAGAAGGAUUCUGCCAUUGCUCGUCAGGAUAAGGAGCGAGAGGAGGCAGAGAGGCUCAAUGCGGAGGAGUAUACUCGAGCAGGUGCCCUCGUGGAAUGCCAGUGCUGCUAUAGUGAUGUGCCGUCAAACCGAGCGAUACCCUGUGAAGGUGAAGAGGUGCACUUCUUCUGCUUCGGGUGUAUCCGCAGAUCUGCGGAGACUCAAAUUGGUCUAAUGAAGUAUCAGGUGCAAUGCUUUGAUACCAGCGGCUGCCAGGCGAGCUUUAAUCGAGCCGAUAUGGAGCAAGCGGUAGGGGAAGCGAUAAUGAAGAAGCUCGACUCUCUCCAACAACAGGACGAAAUCUCCAAAGCGGGUCUUGAUGGUCUGGAAGAGUGUCCAUUCUGCGAAUUCAAAGCUAUCUGCCCCCCGGUAGAAGAAGAUCGAGAAUUUCGCUGCUGCAAUCCCGACUGUGAAAUUGUCAGUUGCCGACUGUGCAAGUUGGAAAGCCACGUGCCUCUGACGUGUGAAGAGGCCAGGAAGGAAAAGGGAGUAUCGGAACGUCACCUGGUGGAAGAAGCGAUGAGCGAAGCGCUGAUCCGGAACUGUCCGCGGUGCAACGUGAAAAUUAUCAAGGAGCUUGGCUGCAACAAGAUGACAUGUCCGCAGUGCAAGGGGUUAAUGUGUUACGUAUGCAAAAAGGAUAUCACGCGUCAAGGCUACAAUCACUUUGGGUUUGGUGCAGGAAGCUGUCGCAUGGAUGAUGACCCUUACCGCCACCAGGAGGAAGUGGAUCAAGCUGAAAGGGCCACCAUUGAGAAGAUUCGUGCCAAGAAUCCCGAGCUGAAACAAGAGGAGUUGACAGUCCAGCGCCCAGAAGAUCGCGCGAAGAGAGUGCCAAGGCCUCCUCCCAACCAUUUGCCGCAUCGUUUCCGACCACAGCACAUGAGAGUGCCACGCGAACCACCACCAAAUUACAAUGAUUUAUUCGGACCGGCACCGCUUAUGCAUGGUGUUGCUCCAGACCUGGCAGUGCCGUUUCCAGGACUUGGGCCAUUCGGAGGCGCACCCAACCCAUUAUUAGUGCGGCCAAUGGCAACAGGGCCACUCGUACCGCCAAACUUAGUUGUUCCCGGUCCGAUACCAGAUGCAUACAGGGCCCAUCACGGCGGUUUUACAGGGAUGCCAGGAGGCAUGCCCAUCGGGCUCUUCGACUGGACUAAACUGCCUCCCACCGCUCCCAUGGGUCGGACAGCACUGACUAUCAAUAGUAAUAAUAACAGUAAUAGUAAUAAUAAUUCUGGUCACCAUCCACUACAGCAGCCGGCUAAUCCAGCGACCUGGCAUCCCCGCCGUGAAGUGGAUGCCUCGCAUAACAGUCCGAAUAACGGCACAGAUCCGACAGCCCGGUUGGCUCAAGUGGGUGGUCAACCACGUGCCUGGGGACAAGCGCAGAUGCAUGGGGCCAUCAGCAAUGAUGGACGUCCUAUGCAUGCGCCGGCAACUGACGUGCAACCACCGCUGCAGCUUCCAGGAUAUGCUAUUCGGAUAGGCCGUGGGAGCCAUCGACGUCCAUAAUGUUGGUGUUUGGGCAGAGCAUGAUGCAUGGCGUUUAGCGAAGGAUUUCCGGAAGAAAACGGCAGCUGUAAAUUUCGGUGUUUGAUUUGGACGAUAUUAGUUUUUUAUUUUCCUUCUGUUGAAGAGAGUGGGCGAUGACGGGACUCCGCAGCAUAGCGCAUCAUAUACCCUGGCUUGACUCAUUUCCAUUGAGAGAUUAAUUAAUUUAUUCCAAGCUUUUGACGUGUGUCUUGCAGCUGCAUGAUGCUCGCACAAGAUGAACAAGCUUG